AUGGAUGAUGAGAAAGCGAACAUUUCUUCGGAUUCAAAGAUGAGACAGCGGAAGCCUCUCGGUUGGAUAGCUAUGCCUUACAUAUUAGCGAGUGAGACACUGGAGAGGCUUGCGACAUUUGGUUUAAUGGCGAACUUCAUGGUGUAUAUGGUUAGAGAAUAUCAUAUGGAUCAAGUCCAAGCUGCGACUCUAAUCAACACUUGGUCUGCUCUCACCAACUUUGCUCCAAUCAUCGGAGCUUUCAUCUCUGACUCUUACACUGGAAAAUUCAAUACCAUUGUCUUUGGUUCCAUAGCCGAAUUGCUGGGAAUGUUGGUGUUGACUUUUACUUCUUUGAUCCCUAAUCUCCGACCACCACCUUGCACUGCCGACCAAAUCACCGGAAACUGCAUCCGCUACAACGAUCUUCAACUAUACGUUUUACUCUCGGGACUUUUCUUGUUAUCGGUAGGAACAGGAGGAAUCCGUUCAUGCAGUGUUCCUUUUGGUCUCGAUCAGUUCGAUGAUUCGACUGAAGAAGGAAGAGAAGGAAGUAGAACCUUUUUCAGCUGGUACUACACCACUCAUACAAUCGUACAGUUAAUUGCAAUGACUCUAAUGUUGUACGUACAGAACAACAUCAGCUGGGGGCUUGGAUUCGCAAUCCCGACGUUUCUCAAUUUGUUUGCGCUUGUUAUGCUUUUUGUGGGAACUCGGUUUUAUGUCUUUGUAAAACCCGAAGGAAGUGUGAUCGCUGGGAUCUUCAAGGUUCUCGUGGCUUCUUUUAAGAAACGCAAUGUGCCGUCUCCUUUAGAGGUUGGCUAUUAUCGACCGUUGCUUGAGACAAGUUCGCAAUCAAAUCAACUCAUACUCACUGAUCAAUACAGGUUCUUGAACAAGGCCGUGAUAGUGAUGAACAACGAUGAAGCUGGAAAUGAGAAGGGGAGAAGCUGCACUGUGAGACAGAUAGAAGACAUAAAGUCUAUCAUAAGCAUUAUUCCAAUAUUUGCUUCGAGCAUUAUUGGAUUCUUGGCUAUGAACCAGCAACAAACCUUUACGGUCUCACAAGCACUAAAAAUGGACCUCCGAUUUCCCGGAACUUCUUACACAAUCCCUCCUGCUUCCAUAACCGUAGUAUCACUAAUCACCAUAGGGAUAUGGCUUCCCUUCUAUGAAACCUUUUUGGUCCGACACAUUGAAAACAUUACAAAACAAGAAGGAGGCAUCUCGUUACUACAAAAAGUUGGGAUUGGGAAUUUUUUCUCCAUCAUGACAAUGUUUAUAUCGGGUGUUGUGGAGCGGAAGAGAAGAGAUAUGUCCCUUGCCGGGGUAAACAUAUCGAUCUUUUGGCUAACCCCGCAACAAGUACUAAUGGGAUUUUAUGAAGUCUUCACUAUUGUUGGCCUCACCGAGUUCUUCAACAAACAAGUUCCAAUGAACAUGAGAAGCAUAGGGAACUCAAUGCUCUACUUAGGUAUGGCUUUAGCCAGUUAUCUAAGCAGUGCGAUGGUGAGCAUUGUGCAUAGUGUGACUGCUCGAGGAGGAAAACAGAGUUGGCUCACGGAUGAUAUUGAUACUGGCAAGUUGGAUUAUUUCUAUUACUUUAUUGCCGGUUUAAGCACUCUUAAUUUCGUGUUAUUCUUGUGGUCUGCUGGAAAAUAUCGUUAUAGAAACAUGUGA